AUGGCCCCGGCCCUGGCCCCCCAAAAGAGGCGUCUUUCGGCAUCGAGGAACGAUUUCAAUCCGGCCUUCAACUACCCUUGUGCAGGCUUCCCUUCCGGUUCGAUUGGUUUUGGCGCGCUUCACACUUCACACAUGCUGGCGGUGCCUUCGUUCCCUACACUGGCCCCGGAGGUCACAAAAGUAGCUCGGCUCACAUUCAGCAAGUCUCCUCGGCCACUUGGUGCCGGUCUCUCAUCAACUCCCCCAUUAGCAUCCCCUAAGAACAACUCAAAUCGCUCCGUUCCAACAUCGACAUCACGGAUGUCUGGAUCUUCGUCAAUGCGGAACCUUUUCCGCCGCACAACGACUCAUAGGCAAACUGCUAGGGGGAAACUGAGCCGCGAAUUUCGAGAAUCGGACUGCACCGCAUCGCCAACCGUCCGAAGUAUUUCUCCUUCGACAUCACAGGCGGUAGCCCGCCACGACCAUGGGGGCUCAGUGCCUGCAAGAAAGACAUCACGCCUCCGAAAGGUUACGUCACGUCUAUCCCUCAAGGAACGAAUAAGUUUCUCGACCGUUCCACAUCAAAGGCUAUCGCUCAAGAGACUCUUUCAGUCGCCAUCUGCAGGCCAUAGCUUGCGACAGAGGGAUGUCCCAGAUAUUGCGAUCCCUGCCAAGACUGGUGCUGGGCUAAAGUCUCGCCAGCUAGGCACCGAUAUGUCAGAGAGUUUCAAGGUUGACUGGUGUGAGCUCAACGACGAGUUCGCUAGUGGAAGAAAGAUUCCUGGAAAGGGCGGCAAACCGAUAGGGAGAGGUGCUACAGCUAUAGUACGAACCAUGUACCGUAAAGGCAGGUCACGAGAGGUCCUCUAUGCUGUCAAGGAGUUUCGCAAGUGUGGACGAAACGAAGACAAAGUGCAAUACGAGAACAUGGUCAAAUCAGAAUUCAGCAUCGCCCAAAGCCUUCAUCAUCCGAACAUUGUGGAAACUGUUCGGCUUUGCAAGCACUCGGGGAGGUGGAACCAUGUCAUGGAAUAUUGCGAGUAUGGCGAACUCUACCUAUUGAUCAAACAGGGCUAUCUUCGCGACAUAGAUAAUCUUUGCUUUUUCAAGCAGCUUCUACGCGGCGUGGCACAUUUACACCAGAAUGGUAUUGCACAUCGUGAUAUCAAACCAGAAAACCUCCUAGUCACAGCGGAGGGGCAGCUCAAGAUCACCGACUUUGGUGUUUCUGAGGUUUUCUCGGGCACGCAUCCAGGACUCAAAAGCUCCAAUGGUGGAGAUAGCAAUGAGAAUUCCCGAGACAUUCGAAAAUGCUCUCCUGGAAUAUGUGGUAGUAUACCUUACGUGUCUCCUGAAGUUCUUGCUGAGCACGGCGACUAUGAUCCGCGUGCGCUCGAUGUAUGGUCGUGUGCGAUUGUGUGCUUCACGCUAUUUGUUCGUGGUAGCCCAUGGAAGGCUGCAAAGCCUGAAGAUCCUCACUAUAGCAAGUUUCUUGCCGGAUGGCACAAAUUCUUACUUCGAAACCCAGACGGUGUGAUCAGCGACGAAGAAUCACCGUUUUGUGGUCGAAUUUUUACGACAUUCCCCAAGAAAGGAAUGAACCAACUUAUUCUUAAGAUGCUGCAUCCAGAUCCCGAAGUGCGCAUUUCAAUCGAAGAGGCCUUGAAUGAUCGUUGUAUCAAAACGAUCGAUUGCUGUAGUCCAGAUAUCGAUCAUGAGACUGAUACAGAUACUAUAUUUAAUGCUGUUUACAAAGACAGUCUGAGAGCGGCUCGGAAGAAGAUGCAAAAAAUGCACCGUCACCUUCCUCCGGGGGAAAAGCGGUUAUGA